CUGCUUUCGUAAAGUAGGCCUAUAUAAAAGGUUCCCUGUAGUUCUCGCUUAGUGUUGAACUGGGACAAAACUGAUUCAAAACAAUGGGGAAGAUCAUCUUCUAUGAAGACAGGAACUUUCAGGGCCGCUCCUAUGAGUGCAGCAGUGAUUGUGCUGACCUGCACUCUCAUUUUAGCCGCUGUAACUCCAUUCAGGUUGAGAGUGGAAGCUGGAUGGUGUAUGAGCGGCCACACUUUAUGGGUUACCAGUACUUUCUGCACAGGGGCAAGUAUCCUGACUACCAACGGUGGAUGGGUUUCAAUGAUUGUGUCAGAUCCUGUCGAAUGAUCCCCCAACACCAGGGAUCCUACAGAAUGAUGAUCUAUGAACGCUCAGACUUUGGUGGUCAGAUGAUGGAGUUUUCUGAUGACUGUCCAUCCCUUUAUGAGCGCUUCCACUACAAUGAUAUCCAUUCCUGCAAUGUGCUAGAUGGAUACUGGAUCUUCUACGAGCACCCCAAUUACAGAGGCAGGCAAUACCUCCUGAGACCUGGUGAGUACAGGAGGUACAGCGACUGGGGUGCCAUGAGCUCAAGAAUUGGUUCUAUCAGACGUAUUACCUUCUGAAACUGAGAGAGCUGCAAUAAAUUCAACAAACUGUACAAA